AUGCAGGAAGAGGUCCUUAAAUUAGUGUUACUCGCUCUGGAGGACGGUUCAGCACUGUCUAGAAAGGUGUUGGUGAUGUUUGUUGUCCAAAGACUGGAGCCUCAUUUUCCGCAGGCUUCAAAAACUAGUAUAGGCCAUGUCGUCCAGCUCCUAUACAGAGCUUCUUGUUUUAAGGUUUCAAAACGUGAAUGCGACUCUUCACUAAUGCAACUGAAGGAAGAGUUUCGUACGUACGAGUCCUUGCGGCGUGAGCACGACGCUCAGAUCGUGCAGAUCGCCACCGAGGGCGGGGUUGAGGAUAGCUCCGGAUCAGUGGAGUGCCCUGCUCUACGGAGACACGGCACAUAA